AUGUAUUCACCGGCACAGGAGGAGACCACAAGCAAUGAGCUAGCUCAACGGCUAGACAACCUUCCUAUCGCUGCCGCCGCCGACGACGCCGCCGACAACGCCGCCGCCGCUGCCGAGAACGCCUCCGUGGAGAACCGCUGGUGUCAACUGCGUGACACAGUCCAGUCGACGGCGCUCGCCGUCCUCGGUCGCGCUCCCCGACAACACCAGGACUGGUUCGACGACAAUGACGCUGCCAUCAGAAAUCUGCUUGCCGAGAAGAACCGCCUACAUAAAGCCUACGUAGAGCACCCAACUGAGGGCAACAAAGCUGCCUUCUACCGCAGUCGCCGACAGCUUCAGCAACGACUGCGCGAGAUGCAGGACGCCUGGACUGCUCGCAAAGCUGAGGAGAUCCAAGGCUACGCGGACCGCAACGAAUGGAAGAACUUCUUCUCCGCGAUCAAAGCUGUCUACGGUCCGCCGACGAAGGGCACGGCUCCUCUCCUCAGCGCCGACGGCAGCACUCUCCUGACUGAGAAGACGCAAAUCCUGCAGCGAUGGGCCGAGCACUUCCGAGGCGUCCUCAACCGCCCUUCCGUCAUCUCCGACGCCGCCAUCGCCCGCUUGCCGCAAGUGGCGACCAACGCGGACCUCGACCUCCCGCCAUCUCUCCAGGAAACGAUCAGGGACGUGCAGCAGCUCUCCAACGGGAAAGCACCCGGAUCGGACGCAAUCACUGCUGAGAUCUACAAGCACGGAGGUCCCGUACUGAUGGAUCACCUGACUGCGCUCUUCCAGGAGAUGUGGCGUCAAGGUGAAGUCCCGCAAGAUUUCAAGGACGCAACUAUCGAGCACCUAUACAAGCGCAAAGGGAAUCGCCAAGUCUGCGACAAUCACCGCGGCAUCUCCUUGCUGAACAUCGUCGGGAAGAUCAUCGCUCGCAUCCUGCUCAACCGCCUCAACAACCAUCUGGAACAGGGCCUUCUGCCGGAAGGCCAAUGCGGCUUCCGUCGCCAUCGUGGAACCACGGAUAUGAUCUUUGCAGCCCGCCAACUUCAGGAGAAGUGCCAGGAUAUGCGGACCCACCUGUACUCUACCUUCGUGGACCUGACGAAAGCCUUCGACACGGUGAAUCGUGAAGGACUGUGA